AUGCCCCUCUUCCGCAGGAAAGAGAAGUCGAAGCCGUCCAUCUCCUCUCCUGCUUUCCGAUCGGUCGAGCAUCUUCCUCCUCAUCCUCCGUCCUCUUCCUCUUCCGCCGCCCCUCCUUUCGACAGCGACGAUAGCAGCAGCAGCACCCAGCACCACCAACACCACCGCUUCCCCGUCUCCACUUCGCAGCAGUUUCCGCCCCAUCCCCAGCCUCAAUCCCAGUCGCACCACCCGCACACUUAUUCGGAAUCGCAAUCGCAGCCGCAGCCGCAGUCGCAGUCCCAGUCGCAGCCUGUCUAUUCCUGGGACGCCCGUCAACCUCCACCACCUCGCAAUCCUGCACGGUCCGGUCUGCAGCGCUCUCACACUCAGCGCCUCCGUACACCGCCAGACGUUUCCACGCUCUCCAAUUCCAACUCCACCGUUACGGUAGUCACAAACAACCCCAGCCCUUCCUCUUACCUCGAGCCACCGCGGUCCUUCGAUGCUGACGUCUCCGACCAGUCCGUGCCUUCAUCCCCUACUGAUAAGCCAGACGACCAGGAACCUCGACGGUCCAAGCGCAGUCUCUUCUCUUUCCACUCCUCGAAUUCAUCCACGUCCCUCCGAGACCAGCCAAGCCUGCUGGAGCGGAACCGAUCUGUGAAGGUAUCCUCCCGACGCCCUCAGCAGCAGCAACAGCAGCAGACCCACCGUCAACAGCAGUCGCCGCAGCUGACGCAACACUCGCGUUCCUCGUUGGAUUGGUCGAGGGAGUAUGCGGUAGACGCCGCGGAAGCUGAAUACCGACCCCCUUCCAUGCCGCAGCAGAGCUCCGCUCGUGGCCCUGAUCCCGGAUUCGCCCCUCACACCCGUUCGCCGCCUCCGCGGUCCAAUACCGAUCCUCGUCUCGCCGACGAACUUUAUCGCCAAUCGCCCGUUGAAAACUCUAGACACGGUGCAGAGUUAAUUCCUGCAACAAACCAAUUGGACCAUCGACCCCCUUCCCAACAUUCGCUGGGGCCGCCUUCGCCGUACCUAUUCCCCAAGAGCGAUACAUCUUCAGUGACGCAGCUCCCGGCAAUGUCAGACCGACCUUCUGGCAGCCACUCACAAAACCAAUCCCAACAGCAGAGUGCGAGCCAGAGCAAUGCUGGUCAACAGCAGGCUUCCCUCGACCAGGGGCGCGCCACGCCAGCCGCUAAAGACAAUCGGACCCGCGACGACCUAAGUGAAGCUGACGUACGCACUAUACUUCAGAAGUACGACGAACUACAGGCCAAAUACUCCAAGGUGAAAAGGUACUAUUUCGAACGGGAUGCCCAGGUGCAGCAGCUACAAAACACCGUCGCUCACCAGCGCAUGGCCGUUUCACGAACAGUCCUCGAUGACAACGAGUACUCCAACCGGUUUGGCCGUCUCGACGGUGCCAUCAAGGACCUCGCUUUUUCCAUCCGCAAAGACUGGAAAACACUCCCCACCUGGCUCUCUGGGUUCGUCAACGAAGACGCUCCUGCCACUGGCACGAAAGAGAUGACCGCCAUUGGUCGCUCGGUGAUGAGCCACUGGCUCGUAGAUGAGGUCUUCGAGCGCUACUUCCACCCGGCUCUCGAACCAGCCUUUAGCCAGCAGCUAAAAGCGAUUGAAAUGACGCUACGUAGGCAACAUACAAAUAUUGCGACAGACGAAGAUAAGGAAAACUCCAUUGCCCGCAUAUCCAACUGGCGCCGCACCACGCUGGACGGUCUCGGCGACUCCCUUCAGGGGCCCGCAGCAGACGAAUAUCGCGCUGAACUAAUCAACCGCCUCGUUGAUAACCUCGUCGCUACGCUCGUCAGCUACCUCCACGACCCUGCUCCCCCAGGUAUAGACAAUGGAGCCCGUAUGAUUGUGGAAAACGCCGUCGGCAUUGCCGAGAAAAUUCCCCUCGAGUCGAGAGAUAUCUGCGUCGAAUACAUCCCGCCUGGCUCACCCAUUCACGACGCAACAAUGAAGAUUGAACCUGGUGUUCUUCCACCUCUCACUCACGCCGCCAGCCCCUCUGACUCCCGACCCUCCACCGAUUUACCCUCCAACCACCACUCUAACGAAAAUGGCACAGCCGCCGACAAUGACCGCGAUACACCACUUCCAUCCGCAAGCCCCAAUGCUCAUGACAAUGUUCCUGCACGCGAACAGCGCAUGCGCUCUGUCUUCAGCAACAUCAUGGGUCGCAAACCCGGGCAAGCACCACCGGCUUCGCCUGGGCCUGGCUCUACACCUACCCCUGCUGGCAAUGACGUCCGUCGCGGAUCCGGAACACCGGCGACAGUACCAGGCUCAGCGCCGGGAGUGGCUGGUCCUGGGUCAGGGACGGGGCGCAUCCGGCUUGCGGCGUUCGUUACGGCCGAGGUGCGCGGGCGCGGGCCGAUGAAUGUCUUGGUAAAAGCCCCUGCUUAUCCGAUGGAAUACUAG